UGAAAACUCUCAUGGGGUUCUGACUCAUUUCCAUCCGUUGUAUCCAUUGUCGUGUUCGACUCCGGGAUCAGUGCCUUUCUCGUUCCGUCUCCGGGUUACCUCUCUGCAGUGAAAGUCAGGUGCGUCCACCGACAGGCUCAUCGAUCCUCCAUCGCAAGCAUCAUUCCUUCAUUUUGAUCGUUCGUUCGGCCUUGGAAAAUGGCCGGGAUCGCGAAGAAGUUCCUCCUCCUCAUCUGGAAGAAUCUGUUGCUGCGAAAGAGACACCCGGUGUUGACGGUGUUCGAGUUCCUCAUCCCGAUCCUCCUCUUCGCCAGCAUCUUCUGGAUGAAGACGCAACUUCUGCCGAGCGGGAGCGAGGGGGACAUGUCACCCCCGGCGAUCUUUAAACCUGAGAGCGAAAGCGAUCUCCUCAGCGCCUUCUAUAACCGGACGAGAUCCGUGAUCCUUCUCGCCCCCAACAAAUCCUCCCUUCACAAGGACAUCGUCGAAUCUCUCCGCAAUACCUGGGGCAGCGAUCGUAUCCGGGAUUUUCUGACGGAGGAGGAUCUGCUGACGUUCGUGGAGGUGAACGAGUUUCAGGACCCGGACCGACGCGUGGACAUCGCAGGUGCAGUCGUGUUUGUCGGAACGGACGAGAAAAACUUUCGCUAUAAAAUCCGGAUCGAGAAAUUCAGUCCUAUCACAUCAUUCCUCUUCGAUCCUGCCCCCAUCCCGGGAUUCUUAGAGCACGACGAUAUGUACCGUGGUUCAUUCAUCCCUCUACAACUGCUCGUAAACAGUGCCUGGAUCCGAGUCAUGAACAAUGAUCAUAAUGAGAACGAACCGCUCUUCAAAGACUUUAUGGUCAAGGUUCGACGGAUGCCAUACCCGGAACACGAAAAGAAUUAUGCGGGCCUGGUUUCCUUCAUCUUCGGCAUCAUGAUCCCCAUGUUCACCGUGUUCGGCUACCUCUUCAUCAUCCCCGUUCAGCAUCUCAGCGUUGUCCGUGAGAAACAAUCUGGAAUCAAGGAGCUGAUGAAGAUGAUGGGGAUGCCACGGAGCCUGUACUGGCUCACUCAUUUCGUGAAUGGAGGCUUUUCCGUCAUCCUCAUUUCGUUCAUCGGGACCAUGUUCCUCAGCGUUGGAGGAGUCCUGAGCCAAUCCGAUGGAUCUCUCGUCUUCCUUCUCCUCCUCCUCUACGGCUUCGCUUUUCUCGGAUUCUGCUAUCUCAUUACCACCUUCUUCCAGAGAUUGUUGCUGACGAUCCCGUUGGCGAUGAUCUUGAUGCUGGUCUCAUACAUGGCACCUACGUUCAGCAUGGGUCUUUGGACGAGCUCGGAAGAGUCUCAGACGACGGUGACACCAGCCUCUGCCGUUGCUCUCAGCCUCCUUCCCAACAUGGCCCUCGUCUUUGGCAUUCGCAUCAUCAGCUUCCUCGAAGGAAGAGGAGACGGGGUGACCUGGCAGAACCUUUACGAUCGGCCAUUCGUCGCUGACAAGAUGUCCAUGGGAUUCGUCUUAUUCAUACUGUUGAUCGAUACCGUCCUCUAUCUCCUUCUUACUGGAUACAUGGACACCGUCAGACCGGGAAAAUAUGGCUUGGCCGAGCCAUUAUACUUCUUUCUCAAACCGUCGUUUUGGUGCCCGACGAAGAAAUCCAAGAGUGACAUGGAAGAGUUGGAGAGACGACGUUCAUCGCGUCGAAAGAGCCGGUUCUUCGAAGAGGAUCCCCGAAAUCGAAAGGCCGGAAUCGAGAUCACAAACUUGAGGAAGGUUUUUCAGACGAAUAAAGGCCCCAAGGUGGCCGUGGAUGACCUGUCACUAUCUGCCUGCGAGGGGGAUAUCACAGUCCUUUUGGGUCACAACGGUGCCGGCAAGACCACCACCAUGUCUAUCAUCACGGGAAUGUAUUCGACGACGGGGGGCACGGCGUUCGUUAACGGCUACGACAUCCGUCACAGCAUGGACAAGGUCCGGGACAGUCUGGGAUUGUGUCCGCAGCACAGCAUGCUUUUCCCCGAACUCACCGUCCGGGAACACAUCUUGCUCUUCGGUCAGCUGAAAGGGCUAACGAGGAAGGAAUCCAUGGAAUUCGGGCAAAGAUACGCCGCGCUCAUGAUGUUACCCCUGGAUCUCCAGUCUCGAGGUCUAUCCGGAGGGAUGAAGAGAAAGCUUUCCCUCAUCAUCGCCCUCAUCGGCAAGACGAAGGACGAAAAACGAAAUCGAACGAUUCUCUUGACGACCCACUUCAUGGAGGAAGCGGAUGUGCUGGGCGAUCGCAUCGCCAUCAUGGCCCAUGGUCAACUUCAAUGCGUCGGAUCCUCCAUGUUCCUCAAGCGGCAAUACGGGACGGGUUAUACGUUGACGGUGACGAAGACGUUGAACUUCGCUGAGGCGGAACUUCUAUCCCUCUUGCAAAAAUCCUGCCCGGAAGCGACGCUAAAGAGCAGUGCAGGAAGCGAAGCGAGCUUCAUGUUGCCUUCUUCCAGCGUGGGAGCUUUCCCUUCGAUCCUUGGAGCCCUGGACUCAGCCAAGACUGAGUUCGGCAUUCGAAGCUUCGGCAUCUCCGCUACCACUCUCGAAGAAGUCUUCCUCAGGGUUGGAGAAGGAGCAGAUGCCGAAGAGGUUGACUUGAAGAAUCGAGCAAGCGCCAAUAUCACCAAUACACCUCAUGCUAGUACAUCAAUGCUUAUGGGAAUGGAAGGGAAGAAGAGCAACGCUUCCCUCCUCUUGCUGCAGUUUUGGGCCCUUCUUAUCAAAAAGUUUCUUUACCUCUCUAGAAAGUGGAAACUGCUCAUCAGCCAGGCCAUCAUACCCCUGGCCCUGGUCGUUGGAGCUCUUUACCUCGACCAAGCCUCGACGGUAGGAGCUCAGCAGCCGUUCGAGCUGAAGAUGAAUGUUGACGUAUAUGGAAAGAACUACGUCCCAUAUGAAAAUUGGUCGAGUCUUCACGGAAAACUCAUGGACCACUUCCUCAGUGGACUACCAGAUUCCAGCACACCUGAGAAUUCAAGCGAAGAGAAUUUCGACGGUUACUUGCUGGGAAUCGGGAAAGAAGACGAAUCUAAGUACCGAGUCCGCUACGUAAUCGGUGGGUCCUUGACCGAAGAAGGUGUGAAUACCAAUUUCACAGCCUACUAUCAGACGAUCCCGUAUCACAGCAGUGGAAUCGCCGUGAAUCACAUGAGUGACGCCCUGGCUAAGUACUACCUUGGGUCAGACCAUUCCAUCCUCGCCUCCAAUCAGCCUCUCCCUAUGAGCAAGUUGGCGAAGGUGAUCGACAGUUUCACGCAGCCUGGGAUGUUGUCGAAUUUCGGGUCGUCCUUCUCGUACGCCAACUGCAUGGGACUGGGACUCUUCCUCCUCGCCUGCUCCUUCGUCGUCUUCCCCACCGAGGAAAACGGAUCGGCUGCCAAACAGCUCCAACUCAUGACCGGGGUCCGGCCGGGGUUGUACUGGCUCAGCCACUUAGUCGGAGAUGGUGUCGUCUUCCUCAUCGUUUCAGCUAUCAUCAUUGGGAUCUUGGGCGCAAUCAACACCAACGGCAUCUUCGCAAAUAAUUACGGAUGUCUCGGUUCCCUGUUUUGUCUGCUGCUGGCGUACGGCUUCGCCGCUCUUCCUUUUGCCUACGUGUUCAGUUUCCGCUUCAAGAGCAGCGGGACGGCUUUCGCCAUCCAUGCCCUCGUCAACAUCUUCUUCGGGAUCCUGUUCUUGCCGGUAAUUGUACUGUUCGAAGCGAGCGGAGAUCAGGAAUUGAUGGAUGUGUCUGAGAUCCUCAAGUGGUUCGUGGGCCUAUUCCCACCUUUCGGCAUUGAAUAUGGCAUCUUCAGCCUCAUAGAUCUGGCCUACAAGAACCAACGAUGCGAACUCAUAGACGCCGAUGUAAAGGAAAUGGUGUGCUCAGGGAAUGUGACGGGCGACUCUGCCGCCAUCGGAAUUUGCUGUGAUGACUGCGUCAGCCGGGGGGGCUGCUUCGAGCCCGAGACCUACAUCAGGUGGGAUGGGGUGAACAUCGGUCAGCCCCUCACUAUGUUGAGCUACGCAGGUGUCUUCUGGCUCGUCUUCCUCGUUCUUCUCGAGAAACGCUACCUGCAGCGAUUCUGGGCUCGACUCUUCUCAUACAAAGCGACGAAUCCUUACGAGAACGUUCAAGUGGACGAGGACGUCUUCCGUGAGGAAGAGCGGAUCACGGACCUUCUCCGAAGAGGAGAAUCGGAUAAGGAUGCCCUGCUGGCGGUAGGACUGAGGAAAACUUUCAAAACCUUUGUUGCCGUGGAUCAUAUGAACAUCGGAGUCCACCACGGGGAAUGUUUUGGCCUAUUGGGCGUGAAUGGAGCAGGGAAGACGACGACGUUCAAGAUGAUGACCGGAGCCGAACUCAUGACUUCAGGCGCCUCCUACAUCCUCGGAUACGACCUCGAGAAACAACGCAGCAAGUAUCUAUUCCACGUCGGUUACUGUCCUCAAUUCGAUGCUCUGGUGGAUCUGAUGACUGGGAAGGAGACUCUAUUGAUGUAUGCCCGACUUCGAGGCAUUCCAAAAUCCGUCAUGGGAACACAUGUCAACACUCUCAUUGACAAACUCGGAUUGACGGAGUACAAGGACAAGUACUGUGGGACGUACAGCGGAGGAAACAAGAGGAAAUUGAGCACGGCAAUAGCAAUGGUAGGGGAACCGACGCUGCUGUUUCUGGACGAGCCGACCUCUGGCGUGGACCCUGUUUCCAGGCGCAACAUCUGGCAGGCUCUCAUCGACUGCACCAACAAUGGACAGAGCAUAGUCCUCACUUCCCACAGCAUGGAGGAAUGCGAGUCACUGUGUCACCGACUCGGGAUCAUGGUGAACGGCCGAUUCAGAUGCCUGGGUAACCCGCAGUAUCUCAAGGACAAAUUCUGUCAAGGGUACUCCAUCAAGGUGAAGACUAAGAUGUCCGCGUCAGAAGAGGAUAUCGCAACACUCGAGGCCUUCAUAACUCAGACCAUUCCUGGAUCCUCUCUCCAAGACAAAUAUCUGGGACUGCUGAACUUCCGAGUCCCAAGGGGGGAUGUGACUUGGGCGCAGCUCUUUUCAACUGUGAGCGAGAUGAAGACUAGAUUCGAGAAAUUGAUCGAAGAUUCUCUAGUCGGGGAAACGAGCCUCGAGCAAGUCUUUCUCUCAUUCACGAGUGAGCAGAUUCAGCCAAGGCCCAAAGCCAAGUGCCGCCUAUGCCCUUGUACUCGAAGCAAGUCUCGAUGAAGACUGAUUUCUGAAGGAUAUUCAUGAUGAAUUUUUGCUCCUUCUCCUUUUCUAAAAUUAUUCUUAUACCAAAGAAUAUAAAAAUUUAUUGUCAAGACUUGAGUUCGGAUAUGCGCUGCAUGCAGUUUAAAUUCGGAUGGAAGAUCAUUUGUCAUCUUUAUCAUAUUGCUGGAGACUGGGUCCCCAAGAAUCAAUGGAGCCCAGACGAAUGUAAACUAUCAGGAAAUGGGAAUUCCACGAUGAGGCUAUUCAUCGGAGAUGCUCUGGCUGUGCUGCCAAUCACUUUUCCUGGUGGGGAAUGCUCUAAGGCCCUGAAGCGGACGGUCCCCUUUCACUUCACCCGCCACUUCACCUGCCCCUUCCUUAUUUCUAUUUCUGUCGGUUUCAGGCUGCAAAAUAUUCAAUAAAUCCCGUCCC